AUGAUUACUGGAACAACAGAAUUUAAACAAUGUUGGCAAACAUACCGUACACCUCAUGAGAAGGCUAAGCAUGAGAGUAAACUGAAAAGUCAUGAGACGAGAAGAGCUGCCCUCCAACAGAGACUGUCUGGUGACAUCACUGACCAGGACCGGAGGCAACUGCAGGGAGAGCUGGAGGAGGAGAUCAAGAAGUGUGUCUCAGAGAUACAAAAGUGUGAGGGGUGGAUAUAUCGCUUUGAGAAUGCUAUUGCUGAGACACGAGGACGAGGAGAGGAGAGGCAGAGAAAGGAAGAAUCGAAGCAGUUGUUUGAUGAGGCGAUGAAGCACGGACAUGUCUUGGUCAACAUUGUCAACAUGCUUGUGUUUGGACCGGCGGGAACAGGGAAGACCAACCUCAAGCACCUGCUAACCGACAAGCCCCCUCCACCACAGCGUGAAAGCACUCCUUGUAUGGAAAAGCCAGUACGCAUUCGACCUGUGUCCAACUCGAAAUUCAAGUCAACUGGAAGAGGCUGGGAAGAGAUGUCUCAGCCAAAGCUGCGUAAGCUACUUGCUGAAAUCAUCGCUAAGUUACCAAAAGAAAGCGCCGAUCCAUCCACCGCAUCAAGGGUUGCCAAGAGUUUGAAGAAGAUGACCACAACCGAGCUAAUUUCUGGUUCCGAUGAGCAAAUUUCUGAUUCCAUUUCGAGCCCAUUGAGGAACGAUUCCGAUACACUUUCUGGCUCUGCAAGAAUGUUGAAGAAAGCCAUUGAUGAAGUGAUAGCGAGUGUAGUGAGUGGUGUGGCAGAAGAGCUGAAGCCAGCCACACAAGGAACUGACCAACUGUCGAGCAGUGACCAGCAAGAAGGAGAACUGUUUGAUUCCAACUGGGUGUACAUUACCGACUGUGGUGGCCAGCCACAAUUCCACGACAUCAGCCCUCUCUUCAUCAAGCACAUUUCGGUGGCGUUGAUAGUCCUGCGUUUGAUUGACGAACUCUCCAGUUUCCCUUCUGACGAGUACUACAAGGAUGGGCAGCUUGUUGGUAGUCCUCAUGCAUCUCACAUGACCCUCGGGGAGACACUUCAGAGUCUCAUUCGAUCCAUUGAGUCCCAUACCUCACAAGACAAGAAGCCGAAGAUGAUAUUUGUGGGCACAUUCUUAGAUCAGCUGAAGAGCUCGGAUACACUUAUCAAGAGGAAUCAAGAGAUUCUCGACAUGCUGCCACCCGAUAUCAAGAAGCUAUUGGUGUACGAAAAUCUUGGAAUGAACAAUCUGAUUUUUGGUCUCAACACAAUCAGCCGAGAAGAAGAUUCACUGGCCACUGCCAAUAGGAUUAGAAUUGCUAUUGAGCGCUCUAUUCCGUUGAAAGUCAAAAUGCCCAUCUGGUGGUCCUUCUUGGAUUCACUUCUCCAGAGUUUAUCUGCCACUCUCGAGCGAGGUGUACUAGGCAUUGAAGAAUGUCUCCAAUUAGCCACUCGAUUUGGUUAUGUGCUCAAAGAUCUUGAAGCUGCUCUGGUCUUCUUUGACAGCGUGUGUAUAGCGCACUACUAUCCCUCCAUUCUCCCCAACACAGUGUUUGUGGAUGCCCAGAUUCCACUAGACAAGAUCACCGAGCUCUCACAGCACGCCAUCUCCCUGAGGGAUCCUGAAGUUAAAUCAAACACAGGAGGGACAGAUGCCGAAUGGAAGAGAUUUAGAGACGAGGGCAUAAUCACUGUAAAGUUCCUACAAUUCUUCGAGAAGCAUUACAUUAAAGGCAUCUUUUCUCCAGAAGAUAUGUUGUUGAUCAUGAAAAAGCUUCUCGUGAUUGCUCCCAUUCCACUAGUGGAAGCCACUCCCCACCAAGCCGAGUUCUUCAUGCCAUCUCUACUCACAUCGAUCCCACUUGCUGAGCUAGACAAAGUUCGUUCCUCCUUCACAACAUCACCCCUCGCUGUCUACUUUCGUAGUGGGUGUAUUCGCUCUGGAGUGUUUUGCUGUCUAGUUGUGGACGUAAUCAAGAGGGUGGGCUGGCAAGUUUUGCUGCCUUCAGGGAAACCAAUCUGUUUUGCUAAAAAUUGUAUCCAGCUAAGAAUUCCCAAGCACCCGUGUACCGUGGCUCUGAUCGACUCAUUCUCGUAUAUCGAAGUAUACAUUGACGUCCCUUUUCCUCUGCGCAAAAAACUUUGCCUUUCCAUUCGCAAUGAAAUUUUGAACAGCAUUAAAUCGUCGUGUGAAAUGUUGCAUUACAACAACGACACACCCGAGACAGGCAUCUUUUGCCCAUGCAAGAAGAGCACUGGAAGCAUACGCAAAUUGCACCUUGCUGAUGUCAGCGAACAGAAGGACUAUUGGAUAUGCUCCCUUCAGGCACGUGUGUGGGGAGAGCUCAGUGAUGAAGAUAGAAUCUGGCUGGACCAUAGCGAAGGUUCUGGUAAAUCAUCCUCUGCUACUGGAGGUUCUUGUACGAAGACUGAGAGAAAUAGUGAUCAGCAGCAAAACUCCGUCCAUCAAUGUGGGACUCUGGCCAAUGUUGUUAGUAGCACUGGAUCUGGAAUGAGUGAUCAACAGCCUUGUUUGAGUAAUUCUGUAAUGGAAGAUGUGUCCUCGAAGACGGAAGUACAUGUGCAUGUUCAUGAUCAGCGAAAUACUUCUGACAAAUCGUCUCCUGUGUUCGAUAUAAUGAGCGAUCAACAUACCAGCCCAUCGUCCCCUAUAGUGGAACCUGCACGUAAGAAGAUGAGAAUGAGUGAUCAACAUAUCAGUGAAUUAUCCUCUGUUACAGUAAUGGAAGAUGUGUUUAAGAAGACUGGAGUGAGGGACCAACAACUAGAUCAAGAAAUCCCUGAGAAUGACAUCACUCGAUUUGCGGAGAAAUUUCCUCAACUGCUGAGCGUGCACAAGGCUUUGACAAUUAACGAUCUACAACAUGUCUACGAGACUCUACAUGAAAGUGCCCCUUACUGGUUGAAUCUGGGAUUGGCUUUAGGUCUCCGUCAUCCUGUUCUUGCCAUCAUCAAGAUCCAAAAUCAUGAAGAGUGUGUGUCUUGCUUGCGUGAAAUGCUGGUUAAGCUCCUGAGUACGCAACAUGUAACAUGGAGUCUCCUGUCAGACGCUCUCAAAAAGCCCACAGUGAAACUCAUCAAUUUGGCAGAUAGCAUCAUGGUCAAUCAAUCCAGCCUGCUCGAUGGACUCAACCUCACCCCAGCCAACCUCGAUGAUGUAACUGAUGUCACAAGUCGUUAUGGCAAUCAAGCUGGAGUGGCUCAUGCAUUGAGAGUGUGGCGAAAAGUGAAUCCUUCCAGAGCUACCUUCAGGGCCUUGGUAGAAAUUGCUAUAGAACUGAGAAGAGGAGACACUGCUACAGACAUUUGUAGAUUCAUUGUAAAGGAACUGAACAAAAAUUAAUUCGUUUUUAUAUUGAAUUGAUAUUUCUAUUUUGUGGUGUACUACAUGUGCUAUUAAAUGCUUUUUCAUAUAUAACAUUAAUUGUUGA